AUGACGAGCGACGGGAGACGGCUGGCCGCGAGCAGGGCGGCUCGAGACGCUGCGCGGGCCAGCAGCGGCUUGAACCCGGCCGGAAAAAGCAGUCCCAAGCAGUUCGGCGUCCUCAAGAUGGAGGCCAUCAUCGAGCAGCUCCGCGCCCACUCCAGUCGCUGGGACGUCCGGUCGAUCUACAUUGCGUAA